AAAUAAAGUCCACAUAAAAAGGAUCCGUGCUUCCAAGGGUUUCUCACGAAAACAAGACACAACCUUUCAUUCAUUCACACACAAAGCAAAAGCAAAGAAGAAGAGAGAACAUGGCGGCUUCUGUAUCAUCUGUUUGGGCAAAACCCGGCGCUUGGGCUCUCGAAGCCGAAGAGCACGACGCCGCCGAGCUCCAGCAACAACAACAACAAUCAUCCCUCCUCUCUAAUCACACCGUCGUCCCCUCCUCCGACUUCCCCUCCCUAGCCGCCGCCGCCACCACCAAAACUAAGAAGAAGAAGGGCCAGACCCUAUCCCUCGCCGAAUUCUCCACCUACAAGGCGGCGGCGGCGCCGUCUCCCCAGACGGAGCGCCUCACUCAGGCCGAGCUCGUCUCUCUCCCAACCGGUCCCCGCGAGCGCACCGCCGAGGAGCUCGACAGAUCUAGGCCCGGAGGCGGUUUCCGGGGGUACGGACCGAGAGAAGACUCCUCCUCCAGGUGGGGGUCUUCUAGGGCUUCCGAGGAUGGAGAGAGGAGAGGAAGCGGCGGGUUUGGGAGAGACAGGGAGUCCAGCAGGGAUAUGGGCCCUUCUCGGGCCGACGAGACUGAUGAUUGGGGGGCCGGGAAGAAGGCCUUUGGUGGAAACGGAAACGGGUUUGAGAGGAGAGAUCGAGGCCCAAGUGGAGACGGAUUCGAGAGGAGGGACCGAGGCCCAGGAGGAGGGUUCUUCGAGUCUCAGUCCAAGGCUGAUGAAGCCGAUAGCUGGGUCUCCUCUAAGCCCAGAUUCGUUCCCACCAGCAGCAACGGAGGCGGAGGAGAUAGAUUCGAGAAGCGAGGGAGCUUCGAGUCCUUGUCUAGGAACCGCGAUUCGCAGUUCGGAUCUGAUUCGGACACGUGGGGGAGGAGGAGAGAGGAGACUGCGCUGCCGGCUCCUAGCGGCGGCGGUGGUGGCUCACGGCCGAGAUUGGUGUUACAGCCGCGAACGCUUCCUGUGGCUGUUGUUGAAGUGAAGCCGGAGAGUCCGGUGGCUGUUGCUGUUGUAGAGAGACCUGUGAUUGUGGAGAGGCCUAAAGGCGCGAAUCCUUUUGGGAACGCGAGGCCUAGGGAGGAGGUUUUGGCUGAGAAGGGACAGGACUGGAAAGAGAUUGAUGAGAAGCUCGAGGCUGUCAAGCUGAAGGAGGUUGCUGCUGCUGCUGCUGCCGUUGAGAAGCCUGAUGAGAGGUCUCCUGGGAAGAUGGGGUUUGGUCUUGGCAACGGCCGUAAGGACGAUCGUACUGACGGAAGUUGGAGGAAAAGCUCUGAGGAAGCUCAGCAAGAGGAAGCAGCUGUAGAAGAGGCUAACAAGGAAGAACCUGCCAAGGAAGAGGCUGGCAAGCAAGAGGCGGAGGACAAAAACUAAAUGUUCUUUUUUGGGAUUCUGAGGAGAAAAGUUUGAGUCCAUGAGGGUUUUUAGCUUCUGAGAAUUUGUGUUGUUUUAAGUUGUCUGUUUAACUCUAUAGAAAUUUUUUGGUAGGGACUCUUUAUAAUUUAUGUCUUUUGUUUGCAUACAUACAGUCUUGCAAUUUUUAGGGAUUGUGGGCGUCUUUCUAUGGAUUUUGCACAAUUUGUUAUUCGUAUUAUUGUCUCUUAUUCGAUUUGAGAGCUGCUUCUUUGGACGA